CAUCAGCCAUGAGUAGUUUCGAACACAGUACACGUGAACUCUGCCUCCUGGCUCUUGUGACUGGCCUGCAAUUGUUUGUAUCUUCACCAGGUACAGGUGAGUGUCUGUCGCUGGAAAUAAAAGGUCAAAGUGCAUUUACAGUUUUGGAAGGAGCGAACUCAAAAAUUGACUUCUUCAUCUACAACAUGUCUCGCGAAGAAGCAAUAACUUUGUAUGUAUCAAAAGGUGGAUUACAUAAUAAGAUGGACAGUUCAUGCAAACUCGUCCUGAAUCAAACUACUUGCAUCAAGUUUAGUGGACCAUGUCAGUGCUCAACAAGACCCAGUGAGGGUCGACUGCAAUUUGUCUUUAAGAGAAAGUUUCAGGAGCAAGAUUCAGGCGAGUGGAGGUUCUAUGUUUGGAAUACCAACAUAAUACAAACUGUCAACAUUUCUGUGAAACAAACUGUCAACAAUACUGGGAAAGUGGAUUUUUGCUUGGUUGGACAAAUUGGGUGCAAUUGAGUGCAAGGAAAAAAAAAUUAGUAUGAGUGCGUUUUGUUUGUCUUACUUUCAGCAGUUGAAGUUACU